AAAGGGGCCUCGCCGCGGGAGGAGCGGCUCGGUGUCGGCAACAUGGCAGCGUCCAGCCGUGCCCAGGUGCUGCGGCUGUACCGCGCCCUGCUGCGGGAGAGCCAGCGCUUCAGCGGCUACGGCUACAGAACAUACGCCAUCAGAAGGAUAAAAGAUGCCUUUAGAGAAAACAAGAACAUAGCAGAUUCUGAAAAAAUAGAAGAACUGCUGAAUAAAGCCAAAGCAAACUUAGAGGUUAUUCAACGGCAGAUGGUUUUUCAAGUCUAAAGAAUUUAUUCUUUUCUUCAUUCUCAAGAUAAGGGCAGUCUGCAAAGACCUCCAUUUGCCUUAUUUGCUCCAAGAAUCUGGUUUCAUGACUGAUUCAUUUUUGUCCAUCUUAUUAUCUUUGUACUUCUGUUGGUUGUCACUAAAACUUUUCCACUCUUCCAGUUUCAAAGGUGACGCUUGCUUUCUUACUUUAAAAUUGAUUGUCAAAAUGAAAGCUGUUUAUACAAUCCACCAACAUUAACUGUCAUUUUACAAAACUUAAAAAAACCAGUUACUUAAAAAAGAAACAACCCUUUUCAUGUUCCUUUGUGUCUGGUAUGUCUGCAUAUAUUGUAAUCUUCUGGGUAUCCACUGAAUACCCCUGUGGGUUAUCAUAGACCAAACAUGGUCUCUGUCACCAACACCAUUUGACUGAAUUUGCAGCCAGGUAAAUUCACAGUGAUCUACUUUUAUCUUGACAAUUAACAUAUAUGUGGCCUUCACAUAAAAGCUCUUUCAAGCAAAGAAGCUUUGUCAUUGCUGUGUUAUUUUACAGUUUUGUCUUUUUUGCAGUAAUUCAGAUUCUGUCUAGUGUCUCUGUAGUUAGCUGCUUGUAUUUGAGGGAAAUGUGUUUCAUCCAUAAAGUUGUGAUGAAGGCCAAGCUUAGGGAAGACAGUUACUUGACUCUGAUAGCAGCAUGUCUGAUCAGGCCCUUGGAAGUUUAGGCAGGGAAAGCUGUUUUCUAGACGAGAGUGUAGAGUGAAGUUUAAUUAGUGUUUACGCAGUCUCCUUGGUACUUGGUGCAUUGCUGCUGUCUUUAGCUUUGGGCUUUCUGAGGUGAGCCUGGGUUUUUUUUUGGCCAUUAAGAGCUACAGCUGCAGUGCCCUUCAUCUUCGUGACAGGCAUUAUGCCAGUACAUUAGUUCUGAAAGCAAGUAAAAAGAAGAAGAAAGAAGGAGCCCAAACUCUUCCAGUCACAGUUAAAUCACAGUUUGACUGAUUCCUGUUGCCAUGCUUUCUAGACUAUGUCAGAUACAUGUUUCCCCUUUGAGGUGUGUGCUGCCUGAAUGUCCUUCCUUGGCUGUUGGCUUGGCAGGAAGUGAAGCAUUACUAAGCAGAGUUUUGGACUCAUCUUUAUCAUUUUGUCAACAGUAGAAAAUGCAUAAAUGCAUACUUUAAAACCAAAAUCUGCUGUUUAUGUUGUUAAAAUAAGGUCCUGUCCCCCAUCAAGACAGUUAUGAAUAUUGCAGUAUAGUGGCUAAAUAAUACAUUCAUAGUUUUUCUUCAGUGAGCAUAAUUGACUUGCUGAGCAGUAGCUUUGAUAAUUCUUAACCAUGUUUUCACCCAAGUGGGUGGUUAAUGAGAGCAUUAUGUGACCUAAUCACGUAGCCUUUCACAUUAAUACAGAUCUUGUUUAUAAUUCUCUUGAUUUUGUUGUUGACCCAGUACUUUGGUUCUGUGUUCAAAUUAUCUUAACUUUAAGUGAAAAUAUUUCUCGUCUCACAGAAGUCUAAUUUCUAUGCACAUUUGUCAGUAGCGAAUACUUAGUGGGAGUGAUUACUCUAACUGCUCGUGCCAGUAUACCUCUGGGAGGUUAAUCAAUCUUGUGCUUCUUAAUUGACAUCAAUAAUGUGUUUACAUUUAUCAAUAUUUCUUAAUUGUCAAGUUAUAACUGUGGAACUUCAAUAAUAAAUCAUACCAAUGGUUAACUUCAUACAUUAGAUUUUUAAGACUCUCCUUAAGCAUUUUGACAUGUUGUAAAUUGCUUUUAAAAUGAUGUAUGUAUACUCAUGGGGGAAGAGCAGAAAAAAAUUGGUAUGCAAAGUCAUGCUGUCAAAUAAUACUGCAGAACUGGCCCGUUGACAGUAACAUACCUUUACCACAUGUAGGAUAUGUUUUAUGGGAAGAAAAGGGGAGUAAGUCUUUUCAAACUGCUUGUUUUAUUACUAAUAAUUUUGUGACUGUGACAGUGCUCAUACAUUUGUUGUGUCAUCUCCAAGAAAUUGUCAGAGCUGUGACUUUUUCCAUUCUCUCAGUGUUGAGGCAAGACAGAGGACAGAAAGAAUUACCAGUUCUACUGCCCCUCUGCAGAAGUAGCAGGGAGCUACUGGGAGAUCAAGGCAUCCUGAUUUUGAUGGUGCAUUUCACCAAUGCCCUUAAGAUACUGAGGUGGAAGUGAAGGAAGCUAGCUCUGUUUAAAUAUAAGCAUAUGUUUAAAGACUUGGGUGCACAGGGAAACAAAUUAUUUGCCCACAUUCACAAAAUAUGCUUACAGCAGAAAUUAAGGUGUGAAAGUCCAAGUCUUAGUACAUAUACCUUCAUCAUCUGCCUCGCUCUCUUCUCUGCCUCUUUUAAACCCAAGGAGCAGUAUUCUGAAGAAGGAAAUUUGCACAGACAGAAAGCUGACAGGAUGCUGAUCACAUUGUGUCAGUCUUACCAUGUUUUAUGGGCUACAUCCAAGACAGUAUAAGAACUUAAAACCUUGCCUAAUGAGAGGUAAAGAAAGAAGAUGAUGCUGUUUUCUACGUAAGUGAAGACCAGUAUGAACACCAGGAACAUCAAGGCUGGUUUUUAUUGAAAAGACUAAGUAUUAAAUAUUCCAGUUUAGACUAGUAGCCAUUUUGUUGACUUCUUGCAAAUGUCAUAAGUCAUAAAUCAAACUUCUCCCUCCUUUUUUGAAUGACACAGGACUGAUAAGAAACAGCUAUUAGACAAAAUUAUAGUAGUUACCAAAUCCAAUUGCAUUUAAAGCAAGUGUCUGUAAUCAAUGUCUCUUGAAGAGUAAAGCAACUCACAAGAGAAAUCCAUUGGCACUUUCUUUAGCGUGGCAGAUUAAGUACCUUCACAUUGCAUGUAGAGAGCUUUGCAAUAGGUUGCUUGUGUGAAUAAGUGAUAUUUAGAUUCAAAAGCAGACAUUCUGAUGUGCAGCUGGUCUGCCACGUCAGCCCAGACACUGCUGCACAGGUUCUGAGCUAGAGGUCAUUCACAUCCAUGUCUAGAAAGGUAAACUUGGGUCAGUGUAUGAAUGUGGGAACAUACACGAGUCUUUAAGAAGUUGUGACCUUUCAGCAACAUUCAAAUUCUAUUUGGGCUUUUGGUUUCAAAGCUACUACUGGUUCUUGAGUGGUGCAAGAAGCUAAAUUUAGUGUGGCUGUGUGGUUGGUUGACCUUGACUGGACAUCAGGUGCCCACCAAAGCUGCUCUAUCUCCUCAGCUAGACAAGGGAGAGAAAAUACAAUGAAAGGUUCAUGGAUUAAGAGAACUCAGGGAGAGAUCACUCACCAAUUACUCUCAUGGGCAAACCAGACUCAUAUCGGAGAAAUUAGUAUAAUUUAUUACUAAUCAAAUCAGAGAAGGGUAAUGAAAAAUUAAACUAAAUUUUAAAAAUGGCUUACUUCCACUCUUCCUUCUUCUGAGACUUAAAAUUGCUUCCAAUUUUCUCUACCUCCUCUGUGCAGAGGCUGGGAAAUGCAGGCUGCAGUCAGUUCAUCAUACAUCAUCUCUGCUGCUCCCUUCUCCUUAAAGGGGACUCCUCACCCUCUUCCCCUGUGUCACCGUGAGGUCCCUCCUGCAGGAGACAGUCUUUUAUGAGCUUCUCCAGUGUGUGUCAUUCCCAUGGGAUGCAGUCCAUCAGGAACAGAUUGCUCCAGCUUGUUUUCCUCACAAGGUCACAAAUCCUGCCAGCAAAACCUGCUCCUCUCCACCAGUCCAGAGGUCCUGACUGGAGCCUGCUUCCCAUGGGGUAGCAUCCCAGCCUCCUUCAGCCACCCACCUGCUCCAGUGUGGGGUCCUGCACAGGCUGCAGGAGAAUCUGUGCUCCACCAUGGACCUCCCUGGGCUGCAGGGGCACAGCUGCACCACCAUGGUCUGCACCCCAGGCUGCAAGAGAGUCUCAGCUCUGACACCUGUAGAACUUCUGCCCCUCCUUCUGCACUGACCUGGGUGUCUGCAGAGCUGUUCAUCUCACAUACAUUCCUCUCUCCUGGAUGCACAUUGCUCUCUCCUGGAUGCAUUUGUGAAGGUUUCCUUUUUUUUUCCCCUGCUUAAAUGUCCCAGAGGCACUACCACUGCUGCUGACCUUGACCAGUGGCUGGUCUCUCUUGUAGCCAGCUGGCAUUGGCUCGCACAGACACUGUGGGAAGCUUGUGGCACUUUCUUAAAGCUGCUCCUGUAGUCUCUCCUCUACCAAAACCUUGCCACAGGCUGUUGGCAUGAAGAACAUAAAACCUUCUAUGAAUUGAGUUCAGAAAAAAAUUAUUCACUGUUCUCCACAAAUACCUUUAAAGUCAUCACAGCCUGAAGUGUAAGUAAAACUGGUUCAGUUGUCAGGUUUUCCGUACUUUGGGGAAGACUGAAAUAGUUGCGACCAGGUCAUCAGGUGGGAUGUGUUUUCAAAUGUAUGUGGGCCUGGUACAGGAAAUUUGUGUUUCAACCUUCCUCCGUUUCUCAAACAUCCUACAUUGAGUGUAUGCUGGGGCCACUGGGAAAGUAAGGAGUGUAAUUAAUAUCCAUAAUGUAUAUUCUUGGGCUAAAAAGAGAGGAUGACUCUUUUGUUCAGAGGGUAGCUGAGCAGAUUGAAAGCAAGUAUCUGGACUUGUGUUCACACAUUUAUGCUGACUAAUAUGGGUCCUUGAGAGCUCAAGGUACUAAGGAAGUCACAAAAAUAUAAGCUACAAAAUUAUUUAAGGAUUCAAGAACAUGAGCUUUUUUCCUUCUGUUACAGUUUCAUAUUUGAAUAAGAUCAAUACAGUGUAAAAGUAGAACUUGUGGUCUUUUUCAUCUUCUGGUAAAGUACAGGCCAUCUGUGAUUCUAUUCUUUCCUGUAUCUUCAACUAAAAGGAAAGUAACUUUAUUCUGCAAAUCUUCCUUUGGGGAAGCUGAAGAGCACUGUGGAGCUUCACAGUGCACUUUAAAUUUUUCACAGGGGCUUAGCAUAUACAUCUCCUUUUGUAAAGGUGAGAGCUUUGGGUAGAGUAGUGAUGGGGCUUAAGAAGUACCCAGUAACCAUCGCCACAGACAGACAAGAGGCCUUUCAUAGAGCAGAAUGGUUUGGGUUUGAAGUGUCCUUAAAGACCAUCAAGUUGCAAUCCAAGCCCCCUGCCAUGGUCAGGGACACUUUCUGCUAGAGAAGUGAAGCUCAGCUGAUCAGAAUUCAGUGAUGGUACUUCUAAUUUCAAAUGUUUGUAGCACUCUGCAGUUAGGAAUAUAUUUUUUAAAAACACUACACAACUUAUACUAUUGCGUGCAAGUCAGUAGUCAGUUCAUACCUGGCCCCCUGACAGGACAGUUGAUCUCGAAGAAGCGACAGAUAAUUCGGUCUAGAUCAGGUCACUUUUUUUUAUAUCUGUAUAGGGUAAUUAAAUCCAGCUGCAUAGCUCAUUAGUUACAUCAGUGCUGCUUGAGUUUGGUUUUUUGUUUUUCACCUUAUUUAAAAAAAAAAAAAAAGUUCUUUAUUUGACUUGCUGGCUAAGGCUUUUUAAAGUGUAAAUAGCAGUCUUGUACCUCUAAUACAGAGUGCUGUGAAGCUGAGAGGAGAACCUGACCUACUCUUAGGAAAGAAAACAAAAUUAAGAAAGGGUGGAACGUAGGAACAGAGAGAUCCAAUGUUUCCCACAGUAUAGUAAUGAAUAUGACCUUUAAUAUUGAGGCCUUUGGAUCAAAUUUAAGUUGGCAUUAAAAUUUUCUAAUAAAUUCCCUGCUGAAUCUCAGAGUUUUUUUCCUCAGAUUUAAUUCAGUAAGGUCACAAUAAAGCAAGUGCUGUCUGGGCCAUUGUAAUUGCUCUCAGCAGGCUGAUAAUGUUAUAGCAGAGGAGUACCAGCUACUGCGCUUUUAUUCUUUUCUUCAAGCACUCUCCUUCCUCCAUGCUUGCUCCUCCUGCUCUCAGGUCUGCCCUAAGUAGGAAGUGAAACGUUUUUAAAUGCCAUUUCCUUCUCAUUGUAACACAUUUUUAUAGUGAUGCUUUCCUGAUUCUCUUCAACAAAGGGAAUAAAAUUAUAGCCUGUCUUAUUGCAGAAUAAUUGGAGGCUUGUAUUUCCUUUCCUUAAUUUUCAUCCAAACAUACUUUAAAUUCAGCUUCUUCAGUUCUUAAAGACUGGUAGUUCUAAACAUGCAAUGCUUAGUUCAUUUUAGCUUAGUGGUUUUAGGAUUGUGGAAUAGAUGUACAGCUAAGUGAGUUUCUCUUAGACGUAGGGAGAAACACUGAAUACCCACAGUACUGUGUUUUAUUUAAAAAAAAUGACAAAUCACAGCUCACCACAGUGAGGCAGUUGUUGUUUGGGUCCUACACAUCUUUUGCAGCUUUCAGAAGAGUGUCAUUUGUUUCUUGUAUGAGUGCAAAUUUAUGCUUAGCAUGCUACUGGUAGAUCUGUUACUGCUGUGUUGGAGGUAAAUAAUGCCCAGCAAAAUGCUGUGAUCAUGGUUCUCCCUGAAAUGUGACUGUGAGAGACUCAGGGCAAUUCUGCAUGAGUUUCCAGAUGCAACAUCCUCCUUUUCAAAAUCAGACUGUCUGUCUAAAAUGUCAGCUUUCUGUCUGUAGUGGUGCACCUGUGUGUAUCAUAGCUGCUCCUUUUUUAACAAAUGAAGAGAUAUCUUAGAACUCUGCAACUGGAUCACAUGAUGGGGCCAUGAUGGGCCAGUCUUUUAGGUGUGGGGCUAGAUACACUUUUCUUGACUGUGGGCACAAAGUAAAAGUUAAUGUUCCUCAGCAUAACUGGUGGCUGAGGCCUUUGUUGUUUCAAAGGCCCAGCCUGGACCAACCAUUCCUAUUUGGUUUCCAACACCUUAGUUGGCCUCAGAUUUCCCCAUCUCCACCCUUCUGAUCCAUCAUCUCCUUGCACUGUCUUUCCCUGAGGCCCAGAAUUUCUUACCUAAAGUGUCAUGCACAGACAUGUGUGUGUGUCUCUAGCUACAUGCAGGCAUUUACUGCCCAGUGCCUGUGGCAUUCAUUGCUGCUAAAGAAACCAAUCCUGGUAGAGAAGAAGAUUACUGGCGUGGAUAUCCCACCGAUUAUGAGCGUAGUCAGCUAACACGUUCAGUGGGACACGUCCCACGUGCAAUUGAUUGGAAAUUAGCAGCAACAAAAUAUGUUUUACAAGGGUAGUUCCAGCUCUGAAAUGCAUGCAGCUGUAUUCUGCCAACCUUCAAACUCCAUGGCAAGCAGAAUUGAUCAGGACAUGUGAACAGUUUUGAUAUUACCUAGUGCUGCAUACCUGUGCUAAGUCUGCUUCAGUAAUUAAAAACAACAGAUGAUGAUCUUCAGCCAUAACUUUUCACCUGCUUGGUUAUUGCUCACUGUUUCUUCUGGUUUUGUUUUUUUUUUUUUUUAAUUGCUCUUGAUGACUACUCUCAGCCAUGGAUCAUAUGGUGCUGGUAGGAUAUAUACCACAGUGCCAGUGCCAGCAUGUUUGAUGAACUUAAGUGAGAAAAGCCAUCACUUCUGCAGUGUGUGGGAUUUCUCUCAGCUACCAUGCAGGCAUGUGACAGGAGAUCAUUCCUGAUCAAUUACUGCCCUUUGCUUUUUACAUAGGAUAUGCACAUUUUAGUUUAUAUAUCCUGCUGCUGCCAGAGGAAACUAAUUUCUAGCACCAGAGAUGCAACACAGUUACUUGAAAGCAGAAUGGUCUUGAGCUGGAAUGAUGUUACUGACCUGAAACACUUCAAAAAGCUUGAUUCUGAAGCCUGCUGUGGUUAGAGCUUGCAGUUUCUGAGAUAGGUUAACACUGCUGUGAAUCAUUGUGAGACAUGAUCAGACUGUUGCUUUGUAAAUUAAAUAAUGAAGCCUUUGUGUGUGAGAGUUUCUACGGUAAUUGGUAGUUAGACUGUGCUUUGAAAAGAUCAGAGUCUACAUCACAUGAUGGUAGGAUCUGGAAUUUGUUUUGCAAAUUUGACUUUCAGACAUAGAGACAUGAAGUCUUCCAAAGUCCAGCUUUGAUUCAUAAUACUUCAUGUAUUAACUGUAGCAACAGGAGUGAGUAGUCAAAAUAGCCCUUUGGGUAGCAUGAUUUUUUAAAAAUAAAUUAAUAAUUGGGCUUGAGUUAUUUACAUAAAAGCUCCUGUGGUUGAGAGAGACUUUCCCUUAGUUUUCCUGUAGAUCUCAACUGUGAAGAAGUGGUAAGUUCUUUGAAGGAUUUUGAUAAAGCAGCAAAAGUAAAACCUAUCAUCCUUGCCAGUUCUUGGCAAUUUGCUUGUAUGAGUUGCCAUUACCCUGGGACUUCUGAGGUGCUGUAUGAAAUGUAAUAGCAUUUGUGAAUCAGUCCACUUUCAGAUGCCAAAUUGCAUGUAUUUAACACUUAUUAGCCUAGAUGUAGCAUUUUAAAAUCCUGCCACUCUUGCAAAAAAUUCCAAUUCCAUAUACCAAUUUUACCCUAUUACAAUCAUACCUCAAAAUGCGCAGUGUGGGAUAUGGGAUAUCCCAGCAUGGGAUAUGAAUUCAGUGAUAAAAAAAAAAUCACUGCAGCAAGCAUCUGGGAUUUUUUUAAAUUUCUAGGCAGAAUGUCUCUUAUUGUGGUAAAUAAUAGAAAGUUUCAUCUGCCUUGCUCAGAAAGUAAGACUUGACUAGAUUUGACUAUGAUAUUUUGUCUUGAAUUUUAACCUUUGAUAUUAUUACAUUAUUUAUAAAUGUUCCUCUCUUUACUGCUCUCGGUCUCUAAAGACUAGUACUCACAGCAGUCAGAACACUUUUGUAGUAAAAACCAUUAAAUACUUCCCAGUCCCAUGUGAAAUUUUUCAAAGAACUGACAUCUUCAUAUCACAAUUCAACACAAUGAGUCUUUCAGUGCCAUUUGAUUGAAGUGAAAAUAGGGGCAUUUCAGAUUUCUAUUUGUAUUUUAUAGUGUUGGAUAAGCAGGACAGUUGGUAGAAAUCAUGUUGGGGGGGGGAAAUGGAAAUUCUGUGUUACUGAGGUCCAUUUAAGCAGUAUAUGUUCUGGAAAUAUUUCUAUAUUAAAGCAACCAAUUGCAUGUGGUUUUGAUUUGGAGAUGCUAGGGAUUUGAACAGAUAAGGCAGGCUAUCAAGUCCUGCAUCAUAUGCACUUUCACAUUUGGUUUCAUGGCAUGACUCUUAAUCCUGGGAUCAAUGGAAGGUGAAAAGCAAAUAAAGCUGUAAAUAUUCAUAUAUUUUUUGUGUACUCAAUCCUCAUAAUGGAGAAGAUUGCAUACAGAGAUUUUAUCUCCCCUGGAGUUGGUCUUGCAAUUCUUCUCAUAUCUUUAAUGGCAAUGAGUAGUCUGUCCCUACUCAGAUGCUGUGCUCUCCUUUCUUUCAGGUGCUCAAUGUAUGUGCUCAUCCACCUCCAGAUGAUUUUAAACCUUAAUCUUGAACCUUAUUUUUCUUCAAUCCAUGUUUUAAAAUAAGAAGUAUUUAAAAAUAAAUUAAAAAAAAAAAAAAGCUAGAAGAGUAACUUAGAAUCAAAAGAAGAUUUCUGUAAGAGGCAGGACUAUAAGUCCUGAAGGAGGAAACCAUGUCUGCUCUGAUCCUGUGGCUGUUCUGCCAGUCUGUGUCUCUGGGUCACAUUUGUAUUUGUAUUGGCACGUAGCAAGUGCCAAAAAACCCAAGAAGAAGAGAAGGAGCUCAUGACAUUUCUUGCAUUAGUUUUCCUUUUUUUUCUGUUAUCACAUUCAGGAGACUGUGACCCAAAUGAUGAUGAAAUGCUGCUUCCGAUAUCCCAUUGAGAUAAAAAUCACACCCUUAAUAAGAAUCUGGGCUGUGUUUAUAUACUAGGCCACUUUUAGAAACAUGUUUUUUUUCAUUUUUAGGUGAGUUUUAGAUGUGAUUCAGACUUUGGAGGUACUAGCCUGCUUUAAAAGCCAUUAUUGUUGUUCAUCUCCUUGUGAAAGCAACAGGCAAUUUUGGGAGGCAGGAAUGGAAAUACCACUUCUCAAAGAUUUGUUUGGAUUGUGAUGCUAUAUAUUUAGAAUUAAGCAUUUCUUUGCUAUCGUAGCAAGUACAGAAAUGCACUAAACUUGUGGUUUCUAGAAAUAUUUAGUCUGUUCUUGUUAGCAGACUGUCCUCCUGUGCUGUGGAUAUCAACACAUGUAUUUUGGCUUGUUUCUACCAUUUGUUACAAACUGAAAUAAAAUGCUAGAAGCUUCCAGAUGAGUAUCAGGAGGUACAAGAUAGGCAGCAAAGCAAUUCCAACAGCAUGUGACAGUGAGUGAUACCAAAAGUACAAAGCUGUGACUACACGAUUCAGGGGGCUGCUUCCCCCACCUUGGCAGUUUUCCUGCUUCCCUGCCCUGCAGAGGGCUGCACUCCUCACAUGGUCCCACAUCUGCUCUCUCCAGCACUUCCCUGGAGGGAAUAGAGAACAAGUUGUUACUCCACAGUUAGAGCCAGUGAGUGUCUCUGUAUCCCAGGGCUCAGGCAUGGGAUGCUGAGGGUCUGUACCAUGCACAGGUGAGAAGGAUGAAGAGGAUGUCAGUAGCACAUUGUAUUUUGUACAUAGAGUGCCAUUUCUUGACUCCCUGUGUAAUGAACUUCUUGUUCCCUCAGGGACCACACCAGAGGAACGAAGGAAAUUUCCCCUUAUGACAGUUCUACGUUGCAGCCUCCUAGAGACCUAGAACCAUAAGUCCAAACUAUGUAAUAGUCCUACUGUGUUGAGUGAUGUCAUUGAUUUUUGUAGGGAUAUUGUGGAAGAUUCAGAUUUUUUUUCUAUCUAAAACGUGUAUUGGGGGUUUUGAUUGUUUUCAGUAUUUUGUGGGCUUGGUAACUUCAUGCAUUAUUAGUGCUAGUAUUUGAUGCAUUAACCAUCAGCUAAACUCAAACUUUUUUUUCAUCAGAAAUCUUUUCAAAAACAAUGGCUAAGGCAUGUCAUGUAUUCUUCUCCCCAGAAUUUUCAAAAGCGUUGUAAGAGAGAGUUAUGCAUUUGCUGCGGAGCCCUUUCUCAUGGGAACACAUUUCGUUCAAAGCUGUCUUUGAGCACUUAAGUAGAAGGCAGAAGGAGGUGUUGUUGUAAUAUUCUUCUUAAUAAACAAUUUGAGCGGUUUUUUUUACUCAUGGUACAAAUACUUCCUGGCAUUGUCUCUUCAUUUGGAAGAUUGAAACCCAUGCAUAAGGACAGUGCUUCUGUGACACAACUUCAGGUUGACUAUAGAUAUUUUUGCAGUAACUUAUACUAAAUGGUAGUCACCAUUUAGUGAAACAAGAGGAUGCAUGGAGAGCAAUAUCAUGGCUAGAAGAACAUGGCGCCAGAAAAAAGGUCUGUCCUGAGAUUAAAGAAAACAUUUAAGAAGCAUUAAUGAAACUUAGCAAGGGUAAAAUAGUAUAAUCUCUUUGCCCUGUAACCGAGUGAGAAAGCAGUGUAUAUUUAUGCUUAUUCUUUUUGGAUAUCCAAGAAACUUGAAAAGGUUAUGAGAUAGUCAAGACAAGAAUUUUUUUAAUGACCUCUUAAUUUUGGUUCUGCCACAUACCUCACACACAUAGAACAUCAUUUUUGCUUUUUAUCUUUACUUGUUGUCUUGGAUUCUCCCUUUUUUAAAACAGGUAAUUCUUCAGUCAUACAUAUAACACAGUUGUUUUACUGCUCACUUAAUAUGAAAAUGCUUUUUGGUGUGGAACGCCAUGAAUAUAUUUUUCAGUUAGGAAAUGCCUUUUGGAUUUUCAGCUUUGCUUUAGAGAGUUUGCAAUCAUUUGGUUUCAAAGUUCAUUUGCGAUAUUGUGAAUAAGGAAAUUAAACCAUUGUAAACCAUACUGUUAGAAGAAUGAACAGUAUCUUACAAUUACCACUGCACAGAUAGCGUCAGGCUGGAAGUGUUAUUCAUUCUCUGAUUGAUCUCAUAUGUAAAGAUGGUUUCCAGUUGACCUCAGUCAGAAGGGGCCUGAAUUUUGCCUCCAAACAAUGUUCUGUCCCUGAGGUUUCUGUACUUCUUAUCAAAGCAUGUGUGAUUGGGCACUAGGUAUCUGUCUAGCCUGAUUAUUGAGUACAAGUAAAGUAUUUUAUGCCUCUGCAGAAAAUUGAGCCUACCUUUUUUCCCACCAAUUUAGUUUUCAUUGCACUAAGAGGAUCUUAAAGUGUUUGCUGUUAUUUUAUGUAUCAGUUUGUCAGUAUAUCUCUUUGUACUGUGUGUAUGUAAGGAACAAGUGAUGUUUUGUAAACAAAAUUUGUUGUUUAAAUUUUAUUGAUGACACAUUGCAAUUAAUUCUUCUGGAAUUUGAUAGAGUUUUUCUGUUUUUUCUGCUUUUGCUAGAGCUGGGUUGUUUGUGGGUUUUGGGUAGGUUUUGUUGUAGUUUUGGUUUUUGGGAGUUCUUUCUGUGCUGCCCUUUAUAAGUCAUGUUCUCAUUAAUUUUACUUAUCAUGCUGUGUCAAGACACCUGCAGGACUGGAGCAUUCUUUAAAUCCAGGGGCUUUUUAUUCUUACUAUUUGAGAUUCAUUGAACACAUUUUAAACAGUGUUUUAAAGCUGCAGCAAAUUUUCUGUAGUUUUAAAAAUAUAUUUUGGUUGUUGACAGUAAUUUUCUAUGUCUGGCUAUGAAAUUCCUCCAAGUUUCUGCUCCUAGCAUGGUUUAAAUAGAUUUAGGGAGUGGUGUAUGUAUUGGAGGUAUCUUUGUCAACAGAGAAAUCACAUUUUGAAAAAACAUUUAGGAAAAUUAGUGGAUCUUUUUUGAAGGAAUAUAGAAAUGGUAUGUAGAGUGACAGAAAGUGGCAGAAACACUAUCUGUUGCAUUGGAACGCAAGCUUAAAUGAUUGGCUUAACAGAAAAACUAAUGUAGUCUGUUUUUUUUCCUUUAGAGAAGCAAAAACUCUCAGUAAUCUUUUUUUAGGUUACAUGACAUUCUUUGUUCUCAAAAGACUGACUCUUUGGUGUCCUGUGCCAUCCUGAUAUUUAGCAUUCUAGUGAGACUGAAUUCUCGUAGACCCAAUUAUGGAAAGUCAGUAAGUGGCAUUUUUCUUUAUUAUAUUGAACAGCUUUUAAGUUACACACUGUUGCUCUACAGAUACACUGUAAAACUGAUGUAGGAGAAAAACACAAUAAAAUAAUAUUAAAAAGCCAUUUACCCACCUUCCUGUUUGUGCAUGGCACACUCCAUGCAUGGUGUGGUGGGCAUGAAGCCCCUGGACAGUGUGCGGUGGGACACACAGCUGGUUGAGAACUGGAUCAGUCUGUCCUGUGUGUAUCUGAGGCACAGAAGGACAAACACAAGGGCAGCUGUUACUCAGCUUCUGAGCACUGAGAGCACUGGUUGUUCUUUUGGUGCUGUUUGACCCCUAUGUUCAAACUCAGGUUUUCUUAAGGCUGAAGGCCAGAUGACAUAGGCUGGAAAUCACUGCCAAGCUAUCCUGAUUUGCUAGUGCUAGCACCCUCCACUACCAUAUCAACAAGCAUCACCAGUGACUUAUUUAGCUUACAGAACAAAAAGCUGCUCUUAACAGUAGUAUCUUGUGGACUUUGGUUUUGUUCUGUACCUGUGCUUCAGUAACAAAGAAACUUUACAAGGGCUACGACAAACUGAGGAUAACAUUAUUGUAUAGCUACACAAGGAGCUAGGGAGCUGGAGCAGAAAUCAUGUUACAUAGUUUUAUUGUUCUAUAAGCAAUUUCCAAAUACCAGUAUUGUUUAAAAAGCAAAUUCUCUGUCUGUAAAUGAUGCAGAGCAGAAAAGCAGUGUUUGAUUUCAUCAUGGUAUGUCAAACCUGUAAUUUCAUUUCUUCUCUCUUGAAAGUAAUCAUGUGAUUGAUCUGUGGUGUAUGUGCUACAGAUUAUUUUUCAUGCAGAAAGUGACACAUCAGUAGUAUUUAGGAUAGAUUUCUAUCCAUAGUGGCUUUCCGAUUUUAGACGUAUUUGUUCUAGCAUUAGUUUUUAAGACCAAUGUAUUUAAAAUAUCUUUUUUUAAAAAAAGGUGUUUUAAUUUCUGGGUGUCCACUGUAUGAACUACUGGAUCUAGGAAGACUCUUGCUCAUACUUCAUGGGAGAAAAUACAGCUUUGGGAAUAGAUAAACACUGGAAUUUCAAUCAACAUCCCAAUAUCAUAAUUUUUUAUGAAAACCUUUUCAGGGUAAGAACAGAAAUUUAACUGAAACAGUUCAUAGUCUUAGCUGUUGUAGCAUCAUCACUUGCCAUAAGAAAUUAAAAAUAAAAUUGUGGGCAUAAAAACGCAGUGUAUCCAUAAGGUUGCACUAGAGGCAGAAGUUGUAAUUCCUAAGUUGUUUCUACAAAAUUCUGCCUUUCUUCCCAGUGGAAGUAGAAGUUAAGGUGUACUCUUGAAUUUCAGUUUGUGGAAAGCUGUGCAUGUUUCAUCCCAGUUGCAGAGAAGCUUUGACAAGGCAAGAAAAGUGUUUUAAUAUCACCUUCAAUGCCACGCUUGCCUGUCAUAAUGAGAAAGAUGCCUAUUUGGUGACUGCUUUUUCCCAGCUCAAGCUAGCUGCCUCCAGCUAGACUUUUCUUUGGGAAGAUCAAUCACCAAAUUGCAUAUAUAUCUCUUGAGAAAUUCAGUGUGUGUGAGCAGUAAGCACAAGCAUCAGUAAAAAUUCCCUAUUUCAAAUUUUUCACUGACUUUGAAAGAUUUGCUAGUCAUCAUGGUGAUAUUUAACAACCGUAAAUAAAGAGCACAUUUUAUGACUAAAAUAAACAGCAAAGCAUUUUUAUUAAUUAUUAGGCUUGAAAACAAAUAUUUUUUCUCAUAUCUAGGAUUGGUUCUCCAAAUAACUUUAUAAGUAUGUUGUCCUGGCAAUGUAGGUAAUUUAUGAUACAGCCAGGGGUGUAAUAGUUCUGUGAAUAAAGAGAAGCUUUUAGCUUCCAGGGAUACAAAGUGUUUUUCAUGAAUAUUAAGUAAACUUUAAUGAUUGAAGAAAAGAGCAAAGUGGAGGACAGUCCUUUAUACCUUGUCUGAACUGGCCUACAGCCACAUUAAUGUUUAUAACAGAUUUAGAGCAUAGCUAAAAUAACAGUAAGGACUUCCUCCUCUUUUUCCAUACAUUUUUCACAACUGUUUAAACAUACAUGUAACUAAAAGGGUGAAGGCUAUCUGUUUAUUUACUGUAAUUUACAGGACUCAUUAAAGAAAAAUGGAAAGUAACUGUAAUCACUGCUGUUUGAGAAGUAGUGAUGGAUGGCAAUUGAAUGGUUUGAGGCUAUUAAUUGCAAGAAGAUUAUACUAGUUGAGAUACCUCUGAUGUCAGGUGCUUGAAAUAUUAGUUAUUUUAGAGACUAUAAAUUGGACUAUAAAUUACUAGUAAAUCUGUACUGAAGUGAUUAAACCCACUUAUUAACUGUCAAACAUGGGCACUAUUUCAAGUUGCAACUCCGUCAUUUGUAUGCUGGAAAGGGAGCUAAAAGGUAAAUUUAGGGGUUGUAUGGGAAUAUUUGGAGUAACUAGUUACUUUUGAGACUGAGCAUUUCCUACUGUGUUUUCUACUCCCUUAAUGAUUUUUUUGUUCAGCCUUCAAGUUUUAACAGACCACCACUGGCCUUUUCAGCUGACUGGAGGAUGUUCUUGAGAGGACGGAAGCCGCUUCUCUAAGGUGGACUUACUAACUUACUUAACCACAUGGGGGAGAUAAAAAACAGCAGAUCCGAGCAGCCUUCAUGCAGGUCACAAGUACAGUUAUGGCAUCCUCGAAUUUCCACUGCAGGGUCUGCUAUUGCCAGACAGUACUACUCUCAGUAAAGCAAUAUUUUUUCCCAGUACAAUGAAGAAAAUAUAUUGCACUGCAUGGGUCUUCUUUGUAUUACCACCCCAUGCCAUUCUUCUUAUCAUUAAUCAAAUGUUACUUACUGAAACAGAUACAGGAUUGCUUAAUGGUUUGGUAUUGGAUUUAUUGAACUUUAAGGAAUGAGAAAUGGAAAGAGUAGAAGCUGAGGAAUAGUUCAGUAGUUUAAAAAAAUUCCUAUCAACUUGCUUGUGUAGCUGCCAAAUUUCACCAUGUGUUUACACCCUCACAUGCACGUACAGACACUUAAAGGAUUCCAAUACCCUGCACAAUAUUUAAAAAAAAAAGCUGAAAGACUGAAGUGUGUACAUUCAAAGUGGUGAAGGAAAAAAAGCAAGAGGACAUAUUUUUCUAUUUAUCCUCUCCCAUCAAUGUUGUUCCAUUCCAAGCUUGAGGCGUUCUCAUUGGUAUGUUGUAUGUGGCAUGUGAAUAUUUGUAGGAGGAUGUUAGCAGAGCAACAGGCAUUUUGGAUAACUAUUUUUUACAUAAAAGGUUUGAUUUGGUCAUUGCCAAACUUGGCAUUCUAGUCUUUUAUAUGCGCUAUUAAAAGUGCAGUCAACCAUGGGAAAUAUUCCCCAAAAAUGUUCUGUUGGUAAUUAAAAUAAUAAAUAGCUGUAGCUUAUACAAAAUAAAACCUCAGUGAUGGACAUCACAAUUCCUCUUACAUGCCCUAAGCUGGAGCUAGGACUCAGGGGCAGGAGGGCUCCUGUUUUCAUUCCAGUUUCAUUCUUAUACUCUGAUAUUUCCAUUUUUAUUUGGUUUUAGCCAUUUCUUGUAGUUGAGGACCAAUUCUCUCCUCCUCACUGCUGCUGAGUAUCUGACGUUUGGACUCUGCUCAAUUACUGAAGCAGUUUGCUCUCUUUUUUCAUUGUGCUUCUCAGUCAGUGUUCAAAAAGUGUUCCUCUUUUGGUGUUGUGACUUGUAGCAUACAGUGACUUCUUCUCUUCCUCCCUGGGGCCCAGCAUAAGUCUUUCCUCUGCUGCUUGUAAAAGGCAAGGUCACCUGGCUGCUGCUGGGAAUAUCCCAAGCAUGCACAGGGUGUGUUGGCUCCUUGUCCAGAGAUCCCAGGCAUCAAACCACUUCACAGAGCUGUCUGUGGGUGAUGCAUUAUUUAGCAAACUUCUAGAGAUGCUGAUUGCCUGGAAGCUCCCAGAUCCCCCCUCCACAUAGGCUCCUUCCUCAGGCUGCCCACUGCAAAUGCAUGUAUGGCAAGUUAUUAAAAGAGAAAGAUUGUUUAUCAGUCUUUGAUGUUUAAAGAAAUGUGACAGUCAUUAAAAAGUCCAUAGCCCACCAUCAUUCUUCUGUUCAUUAGAGAACCUGUAGCAUACAUUUCAGUCAUCCUUAAACAAGGUCUCUUAAAGGAGAACUUUCCAGUUAUUUCAAAUAGUUCUCUCAACUAAGAAAAUAAAUCUACUUCAGUAUCACUUGUACUCCCAUGCCUACCUCCAGAGGGUACAUGUGGCUGUUGCCUGUCUUUUUUACCAGAGGGACUUACAGCAUUUUAUGUCACUUUUACUUACGGCAUCACAGAAACCCGUUUGUAUCCUCCAUGCACUCUCCAGAAUCUUUUAAGCAUUCUUUAAGAAGAAUGAAGAAGAUUAAGAAGAAUGAAUCAUCAGUCAUUCCCUUACAAUUUGGUGUUGAAAUGGAAGUCCAAUGUCCCUGGAAGUUGCAGCAUUUUACCAGUGUUCAGCUCAGGAAGGAGUGUCAGAAUUUCAUCCCUUGUUCUUUAACCUUGCUCACAUUUUCCAUAAAGCUGUAUAAUUGUUAACACUCAGUUAUGAAGUGUGUAGUAUAAAUGACAUUUCAGUUAGGGUAGGACAUGUUGGAGCAUUAUGGUUGAUUCAAGUGGGUGAUAACACUACAUAUGAUUUGAAUGUCUUUUCUUGUGAGGAAGGGAAGAGCUUUUGGCUUUUUAAUAUCUUGUCAUUUAAAUUAAAGCAAAAGUUAAUUGCCAAAGCCGUAACAAGAAUUGUAGCAGAGGUUUGCUGCUACCCUGCCCUAUCUCACAUGGCCAACUCCCCCUGUUUAACGUGGGUGUAGCAGGCUGUCUCACUGCAGGUGAGGAGCUCUGAAUCAGCACUUUGUGCUUGCUCAAGGCUCAGUAAUGUGAGGUGUGGCUGUAAAUACAGCCCAGCAGGAAAGGGCAAAGCUGGCUGAGAAUUUGGGUCUUAACAUAAAGCUCCUUUCCCUGUAGCACAUCGUUUGUCACUUAGGGAGCAGUUGUAGGCUAAACUGAGAAUGAAAAGUCAUCUUCUGAAAUAAAUACUAGGAGGCAAAGUGAAGAAAAGUGUAUGUCAUUCCACAAGAGGAAAGUAAUCACAGCAAUGCUUUUAUUUUCUAAAAAUGGGUUUGAAGGGUGCCUCCUUCACAUUAGGCAGUUCCCUGAAUGGUCAUUUUAAGUCUAUUUUUGCAUGUCUGGGAUUAAGAAAAAUGUUGUUCCUCAUAUAUAACUGUUUGUUCCAGUACACAAAGUUAGCUACCUCUUCAAAAAGCUUUGAUGUAGAAUAAGGCAGAUAGCACAGAUUAUAUGUAGUUCUUUCUGUGAAUACUGACGAAUGAUUGCUGACUUUGUGAUAAUUCAUAUAAAAGAGAAUUUUUUUGUAUUUAUUGUCUCCUGUGCUGUCACACAGGUAACAUCCACUCAGGCAGAUAUUCCUAUCAAUGCCCAGGCUGUUGCAUCACUUAUUGGGUGGCAGAUGCUUUGAAGAAUGGGGAAACCUGUGGGUUCCUUCACCAGCCUCUUGUUCCUUGCUGUUAUCAGGCAUCCAUCGAAACCACUGCCAACACUGAGCUAUAGCUGGUGAAGUUUUUAAUAGAUGUGCAAUGCACCUACAGUUACUACACCACAGGUAUUGAUGUUGCCUUACCUACUGCUACCACCUCGUAUAUGCCCAGUGACCCUUUUAGAAGUAGGGUCAGUUUCUCCACAAAAAUGCAUUAAUCUUUUGCAGUUGGUUACUGUUUUGUUUGUGCGUUUGUUUUUGGAGUACUGCAAAAACUUUUGUGUUUCACUUCACAUAUUGUUAGGGCUACAUCAACUGUGUUUGGCUCUCAGUUUUGUUCUACAAGUGGUAACAGUGGUGUUCUGCUAUGUAGAGUAUGCCCAGAAGUAAACAGGAGUUUCCAGUGAAGCCUUCUGGUUUACCCCAUUCUUUUUUUAUUAUUAUGAAUAAAAUUAGAAUGCAUCAUAGCCAAACUAAAACAUACAUGCUGUUUUAAGUCAACUUUACUUUUGGCAAUGGAGCUGUAGUAACUACUGAUAUCUGAGAAAACACCUGAUAAUGGAACUGUAAUGUGAAGCAAAAUAUGCUUCAGAUUUGAUUGGGAACAAGUUCAGAGAUCUGGUGUGGCAUUUUAGGUUGCCUACAGUGAAACCUGUGAUCCUCACAGAUUGUAAAUUGAUGGAAAAUUCUUCACAGUAAUCAUCAUUGUGUUGGCAUCGCAGAACUGCCAUGGCAGUGAAUUGUGAUUUUUAAGAAUCACAUUGUUACAUCAAGGGGAUCAUUACAGCUGAGCAACCCAACCAAAACACUGUGAACAAAUGAAACUGCUUGUUUAACAGCACGCUGCCAAUCAGUGCUGUAUAACUACUUCAUGCUUCAGUCUGCAAAGGCAUCUCUGAGGACUGAGGUAUUAGGCAGAGAAGUAGUGUGAGAGAAAGACUCGAUCUGAUUGAUAGUUGCUGGACAAUGUGGGUAAGGUAAAACUCAUCCCGAUGCAGUUGUUCUGUUUUCUGCAUGACAACAAAUUAAUUGGAAAUGUCUGUUUAGGUAAAGUGAGAAACCAGUACAGUUUCAUUUAAUGGGAUUGUACCCAUACUAACUGGGACAGUAGUCAGUAAUUAUCUAUACUUUUUAAAAAUUCUCAAGCACAGCAAUUUCUUUUCUUAAAAAGACAUGGCAGUGUUAUUCCACUGAAAGUAUAUUGGUGAAGCUUGCCGUUUGUGCUUGUGGCUCUGUUCAUCCGUUGUUGUUUAAAUUUUGCAUCAGUGCCCCCACAGGUCUGGGAUCACUCACUGAUUAAACUUUUUGGGCCAGCUAUGAUGUGUUCAAGCUUCAGUCAUAGCUAAGGGUAGCCUAGUUGGCAUUUUCAUGCUGUAUUGUAAGAUAAUGAAUUGAACAUACAGAAGAAGGAAAAUUGAGGAAAUCUUAAAAUUCUUUUUUGUGCAAAUAUUUGAACAUUAUCACAUUUCUAUCAUUUUCUCCUGCAAACCGUUUUGAUGGAGCUGAGAACUGAAUGUUGCCAGUCUACAGUAUGAAUAGCAGAAAUCUGUAUUUGUAUCUUGUUUUGCAGGCUGAGCUUCCCUGGAUGCAACAAGGGGUCUCAUACAAAAAUAGAACAUGGCAGAAAAUCCUUCCUAGAAUGCAGUACAAUUUCGGGGAAAUAGUCUGAUAUAUUUAAUUCUUGCUGUAAUUAAAGGGUCUUUCAGAGCAAUGAUUAAUGUGGAAUCCAGAGGUUCACUGUGGGAACUGUUUCUUUCACAUUUAUACAGACAAGAUUGAUUGGAACUAAAAUGUAUUUAUAUGACAGAAGGUCUAAAAAUACAAAAUGUGCUGUAAACCCUGUGUAAUUCAGCUUAUCAAUGUCAAGUCAUCUUUUGUGGCUUUGGUUUUGCAUUUUUAAAAUUGCUUUAACAUGUUAGCAAUUUUGUAUUUUAUUCUAUAGGGAGGAAGAAAUAAAAGAGGCGCUUUCUGGUCUUGUGAAUUAUAUUCUGCUAGAAUCAGAAUUCUCUCCUGAAUCUGACUUCCAUAACAGAUUAGAAUAGCAGUCUCUCUGAUCUCCUGGGGCUUCCAAUUAUGAUUUUUUUUAAGUUUACUGAACUAGUGUUUGAGGCAAUACAGAAUUCAGAAAUGCAGCUCAUCAGCAGUUUGCUGAAUUUGAGUUUCUGCUUGCAGAAUAUUAAGGAAGUAUGAGUGAAGUUUAGUAAAAUACAUUGAGCCAUUCUGCAGCUAUAUAUUGCUGCUGCAAAAAUAUUACAAUUAUUUUGUAGAAAAUAAAAGGCUAUCAUCCCAUUAAAAUGAAAUAAAAUCUGUUCUAAAAUUCAUAAACUAAAGCAAAUUAUGAAUGCCCAUAUGUGAAAUUAAGGGAAGGAAGUAGUAGGAUGCAGUUUUUCAGUGCAUCCUUUUUAGUGAUUUUGCCAUACAGGAAGUACAAAGGGAGAGGCAGCAUUAGAAGAUGCAAGGCAGAGUCUCCCCUGGCUCUCCUUUGUUCUGCAGCACCUCUCCAAGGCUAUUACAUAUUCUGCUGAGACAGACUGGUGUGUGCCUGCUUCAUGGAGGAAGUUCCAUUUUGGAAAUGGGAUGUUAAAAGGAAGUAGUUCCCAGCUGCUGCUUUUGGAGAGGAGGAAGCCCUGUUAAUAGGAGAAAUGAUGAAAGGAAGGGAAGACUUAAGGGCACAAGGGUAAAGGAUGAAAUAAUGGAUAGAAUGAAGCAGGGUGGGAAAGGAAAAAUAGUUGCUGCUGCAUUCCCUCAAUUUUUCAGGAUUUUCAGCUCCCUGGUAUUAUUUAUGUGGGUUUGACCAACAUUACAUAGAAAGAAAAAACAAGAAAUGCCAGUCUUUGCCAAUUAGUGUCUGCCUAAGAAGUAACCUACUUUCUAAUUGUGUUUCUCUUUCUUCUAGGCUGCUGUUCUGAAUAUGUCAGCUUUUACCACCUCCUUUUUAAAUUAUAUGCCCUGAUAUCAGGCAAAAAAAUGUACCCUGUUUUAUGGUUGAUGAUCUGACAUAGAUACAAAAUCACACCAGUGUUACGGAGACAGCUUUCAACCUGUGGUAGUUGUACCUAUUCUGCCUAUCCUCCUAUUGUACAAGACAUGUUAAAUCAGAGCAGAUUCUUAAGGAUCAGGUUUGUGUCUCUGCUUGAAAGAUAUAUGUUGAUUUGAUAUAUAAGUGAAACAAAAAGAGAAAGACUCCACUAGGGUUUCUGUGUGCUUGUCCCCUGUGUCAUUAAGGUCUUGUGUUGAUUUCACAGUUCUGCAUAUUGGUGUUGGUCAGUUUCAGAAGCUCUCUCAGAAACCAAGGGAAAUUGAAAUUACUUUUUUUAAAAUAAAUUGUUUGGCUGAAAUGUCCAAUUAGCACCAGUCCAAUUACAGGAUACCCUGGUGCAGGAAACCAGGAAGCAAUACAUCUUGCUUCCUAGGAUGAAACUUCAUUUUAUUUUUAAUCAGUGCUAUUAAGGAAGACUUCCUUGGGAGCAGGCUUCACUGAGGGUUUGUUCAUUAUCAGCUCAAGGUGAAGCCAAGGGAAACCUUUCUUAUUUCAUACCAGAAUUGAUUUUUAAAAAAAGAAUAAAUAACAAGUGCAUGCACAGGAGGCUGGUGCAUGUAUUAAAAAGUGGAGUUGCCACUGGUAACACAGCUGAUUUCCUUUGUUGGAAAAGUUGUUCAUUACUUACCUGAAGUGAAAGGUUAAUGGCCUGUAGCAAUCUGAAGAAACCCCUACAAAAAUGCACAGCAAGGAUCUAAUGUGGUACAAUAGUGCUUUCCAUGUACUUUUCCUCAGGUAAGACAGACACAGAAGAUAGUGCUUGCUGUUCUAAUAAAUACACUUCAUGAAAAGAAGUACCCAGUAAACUGGAAAAUUAAAAGGUCCCUGCCACUGUCAAACAGACAGCUGUCACCACAGGCACAAAUUUUGAUUUCUUUUCUGAGGUUUGCAAAACGUGCUGAUUAUGCUUUGUAUAGAACUGCUGAAUUUCUCCUUAAGAAGCAUCUUCGGUGUAGUAGAAGUGCAGUAGAAGUAACUUAUUUUGUAGUUGUAUCUUUUGCUUUAAUUGCUUUCUCAAUAGCUGGAAACUGUUUCUUUGGCACACUUCUUUUUUUCGUGCAGUUUGAACACAAUUAAAAUUGAGAUCUUGUUUGGUGUUUUUGAUGCUGGGGUAUUAUGAAGAAUUUUGUUGGCUCUUGAGCACAAACUCGAGCACUUCAGGGACAUAAUUAGGCGCCUCACUGAGACGUCUGUGAUGUCGGAUGAAGCCAAGUCACUCAACAGCUCAGGGAGAAAAUGCAGCGUAUGUGUUUCAAACCAAAGAAGAAUUUAAUGGGUAUACACUGCAACCAUCAGUCUGUCAUUGAAGAAAAACCUUAAGUUGGCACUGCCUCUGGAAAUGACAGAGCUGCCUGGUCCCUUAUGUAUGUGUAAGUAAUUGGUGUGGUACUUGGGAAAGGGAAUCAGGCUGGCUAGGAAGCAGUUUUUUCCAGGCAGGUACCAGAGUGAUGGUGGGUAGCUUGGCCACUUUCCAAGUCACUUUACCAAAAAGCUGUACAGAUUUUGAUGUCAGCAGGAGCAGAAAGGGGAAGAGAAAAUGCAGGAAGAGGCAGGACUGCUUUUUUUGAGUGACAGCCAUAGCCAGUAACAGGAUAAAUGUGCAUCACAUGAAAGCAGCUGAGUAGUGCUGGUAUGAGUUCCAACAUGGAGUUGGUUUCCCAAUGAAGGCAUCUAGGCAGCCCCCAGACCAGAGGAACAAUCGCUUGCAAGGGGCUCGUGGCAGAGGGGGAGCCCAUGGUGGACUGUACUGCUACAGAGAGAAACUUCAACCAAACCAGGUGGUUGUGGACAUCCUCAGGGCCAUGACUUGUCAGGAUAUAAAGAUAACAGGGAAGUGGUCCACAGUGCUUUUGAGUAAGAAUUCUGCCAGAGCUAACUUGAAGGAAGUGAAACCACAUAUUAAAUCAUCAGAACUUUUUUUGCAGCACUCAGGUUUUCCUCCCAUGCUGACCAGUCUCAGCUGGACCAUAGCUUGAGAGGAGUUGAUAUUGAGUAUUAAAUAUGUAUCAGCAGUAUCAAUUUAUUUAGUGCCAGGUGCUGCCAAAAUGUCUUUUUUGUCAAUGAUAUUAGCAUAGGCAUUGGAAUACUGUGUUAAAUUACUUUUUAAUCUGCCCCUACAAGCCAAUAGCUGAGUGUCACAUAGAUCACAGUCUGUUUGAACCUAAAAGUAUUGCUUUAGUCUCACUUUUCCAUAUUGAGUAAAAAUUUCUAUAAAGCAUGUAUCUGUAUCUUGAUUUCCUGGAGUAGUAUUUGAUGAACCUACAAAUUCUGACCAUGUCACUUAAUACACAUACGUGCUUUCCUGACAUAAUUGAAAAUUAUUUAACCCAAUUGUCUACCUGCUUUUGGCACAUACCUUCCUCCCCAGUCAUCUUCCUUCUCCAGCAUCAUCAUUUCUCUUACUAUGAUUGUUCCUUACUUCCUGUUUGGUAGUUUUUGCUUAAUUCA